UGGUGGUAGUCGGAUUUGUUCCUAUUCAAGGGGACCACACUUACUCGGCGAAUUGUCGGAGGUCAGUUGUUUCCCUGGCUGGCGGUUUGCAAAUCCCCCUCUCUCCCUCUCUCUCUCUCUCUCUCUCUCUCUUUUUCUCUCGCUUUGCUACCUAUCUGUGGACUAGAGUGCGCAGAUUGAGGAGGAGGAGGAAUCCUCCAGAGAUUGAUGGAGAAUGGAUGGUUGCGGUGAAGAAAAGUGGUGAAGUCAACGGAUGCUUGUGGAAAAGAGAGAAGAGAGAGAGAAAGUGGUGACGUCAACGGCUGCUUGUGGAAGAGAGAGAGAGAGAGAGAGAAUGGAUGGUUGUGGUGAAGAAAAGAAGUGACGUCAACGGUUGCUUGUGGAAGAGAUAGAUAGAGAGAGAGAAGGUGGAAGGGAAGGGAAGAUGGAGGGAAGAUGGAAGGGAAGGGAAGAUGGAAGGGAAGGGAAGAUGGUGGAGGUGUGGGGGUUGUGCGAGAUGGAUUGAGAAACGACAGGGCUGAUUGGAUUGGUUGGGGGUGUCCGUUUUUUUUUUUUUUGGAGCUUUGGUCCCUUUUUUUUCGGAAGUGCUAUUUUGUCGUAUUCGUUCGUUCGUUGGUACCCUGUAAAGCAGUUGCUACUGGCGUGUCCUUGAGGGGACUCUUCGGCCGGCGAGAUGGUGGUGUCUCACCAGAUGAGAGAGAGAGAGAAAGAGAGAGAGGGAGAGUAGUGUCUAGAAGAGAGAGAGUAGAGUCGGUGACUCUGCGGAGGACUGGGCCGCAGGCAACACGGAGAUUUCUGUUUUUUUUGUUUUUGUUUUUCUUUCCCUUUGGUGCUUUCGUGAAACGAACGAGGUCGGUGCUGCUCUGCUUCUUAUAUACAUAAAUUUCGUUGACGACAACGCCUGAUAGAUUUGCGUGCGUGCGUGCGCGCCUUUUAAAUUUCGGGCCAGACGAUUGCUACACUAGCUAAUGCUUUAUUUCCUUUCUCGUCCAGUCUAGAAAUAAAUUGCUGUCGUUGAUUUAACAAUCAAUGGUUGAUGAUGAUUAGUUUUCCACUCGCAAGCGGAAAAAGCUGGUGCUAUGUAGAUCAUCGGAGUUCUGUAAAAAUGCGGGGAGAGAGAGAGAGAGAGAGAGAGAGAGAGAGAGAGAAAGAAAGAGAGAGAGAGAGAGAGAGGGAAGGAGGAAGAAGAGAGUUGCAGCUCCUCUAUGGUGCUUUUUUUUGUUGAUGCCGUGCUCUCCAUUGACAGGUGAGUGGCUGGGUUUGGCGUUUGAACAGCGCAACUCUCUCGCUUUGCCAUCUUUCCAUCUCUCUCCUUUCUCGGAUCCAUUCCCGCUGUUCUUCCUUCGGCCCCCCCCUCUCUAACGGGCCCCUCCUCCUUUUUCCCCAGUGACAGGGGUCCUCUGGCUUGGCACAGGGAGGGAGGGACACCCACGCACGCUAUAUAUGACCCCUCUGAAGAUUUCAUCAUAAGGCAAAGAGGAACGCGUCGCGCGUUACCUCUCUCUCUGGCUAGUUCUGCCGCGUCGGGCGAUGGCGCGCAAUGGCUUUCCCGCCGUUUUCCACGUGCUCUCUAUCCGUGUAGGGCAUUGCAUGGACUUGGCGCGCUCGAGCGCUUCAACCGCCGGAGACUUGGCGCGCUGUGUCCGGACUUGGCGCUUUAACCCGAGACUUGGCGCGCUGUGUCCAGACUCGAGAGCUUUAACCAGAGACUUGGCGCCCUGUGUCAAGACUCGAGAGCUUUAACCCGAGACUUGGCGCGCUGUGACAAGACUUGAGCGCUUUAAUCAAGACUUGGCGCGCUGUGGCUGGAGAACGAGGGGUAAAUGUGGAAAAACGAUGAGAAGAAGGGAAUGGAUGGGAUGGACGGAAAUUGAUUGGCGGCUAGGCGAAAGAGAGAGAAAGAGAGAAAGAGAGAGAGAGGGGAAGGUCUUGAACGAGAGGGGAUGUCUUGAACUGUCGUGGGUUUGUAAUCCCCAUUGAGAUGGUGGGGUGGGCAGUGGUGGUCCCGGCUUUUCCGCUGAGAACGACACGUAUGACUCUCUCCUCCUCGGGCUCAUGUCCUUCGGACCCGGAAUGACGGGAGAUCGACCGAGCGGCGAUGAUGAUGAGGUGACGUCAUCGUUUAUGUACACGUGUCAUCGUCUGGCUUUGUCGAUGAUCAAGUCUUCGUGAUGGAUUGGCCGCCGAAAAAAAAAGCGGGAGAGAGCAUGAGAGAAGAGUAAGGAAGAAGCAACAACGACGAUGAUGUCGGCGAUGGGAGGAAGAGGGAGAUGGCGGACCAAAAAAAAGGCGGGAGAGGCGAGAAAUCCGAUCCGCGGGAGGAAAAUCGCGGGAAAGAGAGAGAGGGAGGGAGGGAAUAAUGGCGGCAGAGGGCGGUUUCAGUCUGUCCAAACAACAAAGACCCGAGGUGUAUCCGACUGCAAGCAGCUACGGACGGGUGGACUUGGUCGAGAAUCGAGAAAGUUGUGUUUUGAAGAUGGCUGGCGGGCUUAAUGAAGAUGGCUGGCGGGCUUAAUGAAGAUGGCUGGCGGGCUUAAAUGAAGAUGGCUGGCGGGCUUAAAUAAAGAUGGCUGGCGGGCUUAAUGAAGGGAGGGGGAUGGGAGAAAGAGGCCUGCUUGGAAGAAAGCAGGAGAAGGACGGCGUCGCCAAGCUCAACCAAGUUUAACUUUUCUGAACGAUGAAGGUCCAUGCUGCCGCGGCUGCUGCGGCGGCUUUCAUGCCGUGUGUCCGGUGUUGGACGUGGGGCUCGAACGGUCGACCUUCGGUGUAUCGAAGGUGGAGGAGGGAUAUGGAUAUGAUGAUGAUGGUUACACACACAGGACGGUUGAGCGAGUGGUCUCAAUAGUUCUGCUGCGGCACCAAGAGACUGAAUGUCUCUUGCGAGCUCCAUUUUUUGACACGACAUUUAAGGCGAUUUGAAGCAAAAAGGGGGAAGAGAGAGAGAGAGAGAGAGGCGAUUAGUUGAGAUUGUUUUGUCCGUUUGUUCUUUGCCCAUUGUGGAUUUUGUUCGAAAAAAUGGUUCCGUUGGUGUACAUUGUC